GUUGCAAAACCAGCCCAUAGUUAAGUUCCUUAUACUUUGCCGCAACACAGCAAGGAAUCGUUUCAGUUUAUGGUUGUAUUACAAAAUUCGGGACAACUCCGGGAAAAUGGAGAUACUCCGAUGCAAAUGGCCGAGUUAGAGAAGAAAGAGGAAGAAGAGGAGACCGAGUUAGAGAAGAAAGAGGAAGAAGAGGAGGGAAAGCCCCGAGAGAGAUGGGGUAACCACAUGGAGUUCCUACUGGCUGCUAUUGGUUUUGCUGUGGGUACUGGCAACGUUUGGAGGUUUCCAUAUCUAGCACAGAAAAAUGGAGGCGGAGCUUUUCUCCUUCCGUAUGCGAUCAUGUUAUUGGUUGAAGGGCUACCUCUGUUCUAUCUAGAACUGGCUUUAGGCCAGAAAAUGCAAAUGGGAUUUAUAAAAAUAUGGACAAGUAUUCGACCUUACUUUAAGGGUAUUGGUAUAGGCCAGUUAAUCGUUUGUUUACAAAUGACAGCCUAUUUUCCUAUGGUGAUGACCUGGUGUAUGUACUAUUUCUACUUGUCAUUCUCGAGUCCCCUUCCGUGGCAAGAGUGUGCGGAUAAAAACGAUAUGUGUUGUAUGAACGACUCUGCCGCGCACCUGUGGUACGAAUCAAGCCUUCAAGCGACCCCAAGUAUUGAUGAUACGGGAGAGUUUAUCCCGGCAAUAGCUGGCUGUUGGUUCAUUGGAUGGGUCCUUACUUACAUGUGUUUGUUUAAGGGUAUACAGUCGAGUGGUAAAGCAGCGUACUUCACAGCUACAUUCCCUUACGUAGUACUCAUAGCACUGUUCAUCAGAGGUGUCACUCUGGAAGGAGCAGGUAAUGGUAUUAAAGUGUUUUUCACACCCGAUUUUGAGAAACUGCUGGAUCCUUUUAUUUGGAUGGAUGCUGCUGGUCAGAUUUUUUACAGUAUUGGUGUAGGAUUUGGAGCUAUAAUCUGUUUCGGGUCCUACAACCCGGUAAAGAACAACUGCUCGCGAGAUGCCCUGAUCAUUUCCUUAGUCAACUGUGGGACUUCUGUUUUUGCUGGCAUAGUGGUGUACUCUGUCCUCGGGUUUAGAGAGGCAAAAUUAGGAAUCCCAGUCGAGGACAUGACGGGGGGUCCAGGUCUCGCUUUCAUCGCCUACCCUACAGCAGUAGCAGAGAUGCCGUUAUCUCAGAUGUGGGCAGCUGCCUUCUUCUUUAUGAUGAUUCUCCUUGCUAUAGACUCGGAGUUUGGGGUCAUUGAGGCUUGUGUUGGACCUUUACAGGAUUACCCUUUCUUCCGUCAAGUUAGAAAAGAGAUUCUGUGUCUACUGGUGUGUCUAUUUCUUUGUCUAGUUGGACUACCCAUGUGUACCCAGUCGGGACUGUAUGUCUUUGUUUUGUGGGAUACCUUCUCCGUGGCUCUCCCUCUCCUCUUUAUAGGUGUAGCGGAGUGUAUAGCUAUAGGGUGGUUCUACGGAUUGGAUAAAAUCUGUGAUGAUAUAGAGUAUAUGACGGGGUCCCAGCCGCACGUCUACUGGAAAAUCUGCUGGAAGUUCGUAUCACCUGCAGUCAUUACAAUAAUUCUGAUAGCGAGUCUUGUGAAAACGUGUCUGAACCCACCGCAGUACACCACAUACGUGGGGUGCGACCCCCUAAACCCCACCGGUUCUAAAGACUGGACCAAGGACGUGCCCUUCACUUGGUGGUCCCAGAUUCUGGGUGCUGUGAUGGUCAUGCUACCAGUUCUUCCCAUGCCUCUCUUUGCAGCUUGGCAUUUCCUGAGCGAACGUUUUUUUAGUGGUGAUAGGAACUGUGAAGUGAUCCAAUUCCAUGUACCUUAGUUUUAUAUUUUUAAUGGCCAGGUAGCGCAGUUGGUUAGAGCACCAGCUUUGCAAUCGUGAGGUUGCGAGUUCGAAUACCACUGUCUGCCUGGUCGUGGGGUGAGCGUUGUCGACGUUCUGCAUAAGGAUCCCAUAGAAUUUAUGCAGCCUCCCGGUCCACUCAGCCAAAUGCUCGAUAAAUCGUGUUUUAGGAAUGGGGGGCUGUGCAAUGUAAUACAGCGAAAAUCAAAAACUUUAAUAGAUGGUUACCGCAAUGGGUGCCACAUGCCUGGCAUAAUAUUUACAUGCUUACUUGCACUUGUGUAAGUCAGUAGAUAUCGGGCGUUGCCUGCUACAGGCUAUCCCGAAACUAGAAGUAUGAUUUAAUAAAUAAUAAUAAAUAAUUAGUUUUAUAUUUUUACAGUUUUUUAAUAUUAACGAUUGUUGGUUUUUAAGGGGGUAUUAUUAAAAUUAAUAUCUGUCUCCAAUAUGUAUACUCUCCACAUGUGUUUGAUAUUUU